UCAAGAUGGCGGACGAUGAAGAACUUUACCUUGCAAAUCUCGAUGAAUUUGUUAACGACGAGGAUAAAAUAGUUACCUACAAAUGGUUGAGUCGUACCUUGUCAGUGCCCGUCAACAAAGCUAAACAAAUGCUCUAUGCCUUUGCACAGAAACAGAAGACAUCAAAAUCUGCUUCUCAUCUCAAUAUAACAUAUAUUGUUGGAGGAAGAUGUUCUUUGGAUGGAGAAAAAGUACAUCGGUAUGUCAUCACCCAGGAUGAAAACCUUGAAGAAACAAAGAAGUCUUUCUCUGUAGUGACGUCGUUACACAUUUACAGCAUACAGAAAUGUCAAUUAAAGGAUUCCAAUUCAUUAUACACUGUUGACUACGACAUGCAACGGCAGCAUAAUAAUGAGAGUAACAGGUGGAGUCAUGUUCACUGUUCAGCUGCUGUUCCUCUGGCAGAUAAAGGUGUCAGUAGAGGUACCCGGAGAAUUAAUGGUUUGGCAAAUGGCGAGAAAUGUCCCACCAUUAAACUGGUUAAUGGAAGCUGUGAGCCUGGUACAACUCAGAAAGGUACUUCUAAUUUGGCAUCUGAGCAAAAAGGGAAGAUACCCGGCCCAAAAUCAAAGAAAGGACAGAUGUCAGCUUUGGAAUCAAUGUUUGCAGCAAAACCAUCAUCUUCGAAACCAGAGAAAAGCAAGAGUGAAAAACCACAAGAUUCAAAUGAUGCUAGUUGUGAAGAGCCAAAGGUUGGACAAGGAAAAACAGACAGCAACAAAGCUGGAAGCAUUAAGUCAUCAUUUUUUGGAAAAGCUACAACUGUCAAAAAAGCUUCAGAAAAGCCAGGCAGUACAGAAAAAGACAAGGAAGUUAUUUCAAAAAAAACAGAAACAGUACCAAAGAAGCAGAAUGAUACUGCUAAAAGUCUAAGUGAAAAGAAAAGAGAAUUGCCUCCUGAGGAUGAUGAGGAAGAUCCUUUGCCUUCAGAAAUUUCAAAAGCUAUCAAGUCGGAUUCUGCAGAAAGCAAAGUUGUAAAGGGUGACAAGAAAGAGAUACAGAAGAAAGAGGAACAAGAGGCUGAAACCACACAAAAGUAACUGACAUGACAUACAUUUACAUACAUACAUUUUACUGUGUUUUAAAAUCAAAAGUACAAUUGUAACAUGCCCGCGGGUGGCUGAGCUAAUCUAGGCGGGUGAUGUUUACAGGAGUUAUCUACAACUAAAUACAACUAAAUACAACUAAAGGCAACAAGAGAACUAAAGAAACUAAAAUUGACAACAAUGACAUUUGUUAGCUUGCCGGUGCUUACUGCCUAUUUGUUGAUAUUGUUCUGACAAACAGCUGGAUCUUAAUUAAACAACUCUUUUGCGAACAAUCUUCAUAUGUUUUCAGCAGUAAAGUGGGAAAGAAUAAAGCUGUGAUCAACGAGCCAGGUACAUGUAAAAGGAAACCCACUUGACAAGAUAGAACUUAUGAUGUUAAAAAAUGUUGAGAUGUUAGAUAAAUUUGUAGCUGAAAAACAUGUACAUUGAAAGAUGUGUUCAUAGACCAUACCAUUAAUAAAAUGUUAGUCUUGAAGGUUCAGAUAAGCAAAUCAACAAUUGGGUAGUAUGAAUGAUAAACAAACAAAUGGGUAGCAGCUCUAUCAGAAUCUUUUAUUGUUAAGCAUGAUCGGUUACACUUGGUUACAGAAGAUAAUCAGUCCGGAAUAUCCCGAUAAAUUAGGACAGUCAUGACGUCAAGAAGCUAUUGUUAGCAGGGAAAAUGGCGGGCCUUUUAUGCGGACGAAGAAAAUAUGUUGUUUCCAGUCUCGCAUAGAGUCUGGCCAGCAUUAUCCAGGACUUUUUCCGACCAAACGUUGAGAAGGAGAAUAAGUGGCCAUUUUGGUAGUGGGAGG